AACUACCACUGCUACUACUUCUACUAUUUCUCCGAAGCCUAGUACAAUCGAACCGACCGAGUCGACCGAUCCCCCCGAGUCAACCAUGUCCGCAGAAACUACACAGCAAAUGUCUAGCGCACCCCAGCUCACAACUGUGGUACCAUCGAGUUUACAACCUACAACAACAACAACAACAACAACAACAACAACUACAACUACACCACAGGUCGGCACGUCCCAAGAGGCAACCACGAACACCCCCGUACCAGAGUCGGUGUCAACAACACCAGGGCAAAGCGCUUCAGGAGCAACGACAGUGGCAAUGGGACCAACUGUAACCAGUCCAACAUCAGGAGCACCCAAUGACACCAGUCAGGCAAAAGUGGAGAAAGAAAGGAAGACGGUUCUGAAGAAAAUCUUUGAAGACCCUUCGACGUUCAAGUCUAAGCUGGCCAGCGAGGACAACGCGACACAGGAGGAGUGGAACGGGUGGAAGACUGGAAAGAACAUGCCCCAAGGGUACGACAGCAAUGUCAGCCCGCAAACAGAAGAGAAACUUGAAGUGACGUCGACGGUGAAGAUUCUUCAUGUUGGACCUCUGUCCGAAGAGAACGCGGUCAGUGUAUUAUGA